GCUGACUCUUGGCUCUAUGCUCAAGGAUCACUCUUGGCAGACUCUGGGGACCUUAUGGGGUACUGGGGUUCGCAUGUUGGCCCCAGUUACAUGGUAGCUGCUUAAUCUCAUCAUCCUCCCCAUGGGACUUAUAGAGGCAGGAAUAGGUUUCAUUUCUUCUUGCCCUCACUCUCAUCUGUUGUGUGCCUUUUUAAAGAUCCAGGAUCCUUUCCCCAGAAUUCUCCCUCCUUCCCAUGGACAUUCCCUUUGCUUGUCCUGAGUGCCACCAGCCUAUGCUGGCAAAGGGAACAGGACUGUUAUGGUCUUGGAUGAAUCCAGACUCAUUCAAGGGCUAGCUCCAAGCUCCCUGUCCUCAUCUGAGCUGCAACCAAUAGCACCGGUUACGGAAUCCCAAAGUCCAAGGAGUGAAACUCAAUGACUCAAUUCUGGCUCUCCAUCCUCUAGCACAUUUCCUUACCUGUGAGCCAAGUCUCCUAAAACUUCAUUUCUGAAUGACACAGACUCAGGGUAUUCUUUGCAGAACAUGUAUUCCUAGGGGCUCUGAGCUAACGCAGUCAGGGCUGUCAGGGCUGUGUGUGUGAUCAUAGAGGGGAGGUUUGGGCCCUGCCUUCUGGAAAGAGGCUGAAGGGGCUGUUCUCAGCCCGCAGUGCAUUCACUCUGACUCUCCUGUCUCCGAGAUCUCUUCCACAUCUCUAUUUUGCCUCCUGGAAUCUGAUUUGUUUUCAUAACAAUGCUAACCUGCCCCCUUCCAUUUUUCUUGGUUUUGGGGCCACAACCAGUGGUAUUCAGGUUUACUUGAGGUUCUACACUCAGAAAUUAUACCUGGUGGUGCUUGGGGGACCAUAUGGGCUGCCAGGGAUUGCACUCAGGUUGGCCUCAUGCAAGGCAAGCACCCUACCCACAGACUAUCUCUCCAGUCCCAUUCUCCCCUACCCCACUAAUCUUACUCCCUCACUCCCCCCAUUAUUCUCUUAACUCCUUCCUUUGAACUCUGGCAGUAAAACUCAUAUGCACUGAAUUUAUUAACCAUUCACAGAUCUCCCACAUGUUAGAAGCUGCCAGACAAUACUAGACAUUUGGAAAGCAAAUUAAGUUUCUGUAGCUGUGUGCUAGGGGCAGUUCUUUCACACACACAAUCUGACUGUUUCCUAAAUGUAUAUAGUGAUAUCCUGGAUAUAUUAGUUUAUUUUAAUGUUUGUUCCGGGGUCAGGCGUGGCAGUGCCCAGAGGCUACUCCUGGCUCAGUGUGCUUGGGGGUUGUCACUUCCAUGAGGGCUUGGUGACUGGACCACAUGCAAAACAUGCAAAACACAUGCUCUGCCCUUUCAGCCAUCUUCCUGGCCUCCUAACUUUUUUUUUUUUUCUUUUUGGGUCACAUCUGGCGAUGCACAGGGGUUACUCCUGGUUUCGCACUCAGGAAUUACUCCUGGCAGUAUUCAGGGGAACAUAUGGGAUGCUGGGAUUGAACCCGGGUCAGCUAUAUGCAAGGCAAACGCCCUACCCGCUGUGCUAUCGCUCCAGUCCCUGACCUCCGAACUUUUAUAUGAGCCUGUAGAGAAUCCAGGGGCAGAAAAGUUUCAGUCACCUGGGCUUAUGGUCACCAGCCAUGAGGAACUAUGGGUGCUUGACCUCAUGUCCGGGUGCCCGACCUCAUGUCCGGGUGCCCCUUCCCUUGGCCUGCUAUGCUGGCUCCUCGGCUAUUCUCAGGUGAACCACCUGCGGAGGGGAGGUUGUCACCCGCGUUCCCAAAGAGCAGUGGUUUUCUGGCUGUUUUUCUGGUCCUGACUGCCACAUGCUGGGGGGCCUGGCUCUGCACUCAGGAAUCAUUCCUGGUGGGCUCAGGGGACCAUAAGGGAUGCCAGGACUGAACCCCAGUUUGCAGUGUGCAAGGCAAGCGCCCUACCUGCUGUACUAUCGCUCUGGCCCCUCUAGGUUUUUCUUUUCCUCUUGGAGUCCCUUUUCCCCCAGGAACUCCAUCACCUUCAACCAAGACUCCCAAAGACAAAAUUCUGUCCACAACCAGGUGUUGGUAGGUGCUGAGAGGGGGCUGGGUGUUUGCUUCCCGCCUCCGCCCUUCCUUCGGCCCCAGGGUGGGGAGGCUGUACCCCUCAGUCUUUACCUGCUGCCAGGAGGCAGGCUGUACUCCUCUCGGGUACUCAGACCUGUGUACUCUCCAGCGCCCUGGCCUGGGACGUGACAGUCGUGACAGUCGACACCUCCCGGGCGCCCCCUCUGGCCACUCCCCCCUCUGCCCCGCCUCCUGCCCGGGGCUCCUGGCUCCACAGCCCCAGCCCAGGGACCGCAGCAGCCCCUGCAGCCCGCACUGCCUCACCGGCUCCAAGGCAAACAAAAGGAGCUGCCAGGGUUCCCAUGGCGGGGGCCAGCACCUUCAUACCAGGGCUGAACCCUCAGCACCCUCAUUAUCUGCCAGGGUACUCCGGACACUGCCCGCUACUUCGGUUCAGCAUGGGCCAGACCUACGGGCAGGCGACAGCGAAGCUCCUCCAAGGCGCUCCGGGCCUAGCCUGGCCUCCUGCCCACCGCACUCUUCUGCCUCCCAUCCGGCCACCAAGCUUUCCUGAGGUUCUCAUAGGCCGCCUGCCGGUCAGGCGUGGCCACGAAAGGCUCAGCUCCAGCCUGGUGCCGGGGUACACAGGUGUGUGUCCAGGUAUGAACAGGUACCCCUGUCCCAGCACCACUGUUCCGAACACUGACAGAGCCCUCCUGUGCCCCCCAGGUUUCAUACCCCAGGCACAGUUCAUCUUUGCUAAGAACUGCAGCCAGGCUUGGGCCGAGGCGCUGAGUGAGUUCAACCAGAGGCACCGGGGUCAGGGGGGACAUGGGCGGCUGGAGGAGGUCAAGGGAGAAAAAGACCCAGAGAAAGACCAAGAGGCCAAGCUGGAAGUGGAGAAAGACCCAGAGCCGGGGCAGAAGGCAGAGCAAGCUUCGCCCUAUUCCAUGGAUGACAAAGAUCCUCAAAAGUUCUUCAUGUCAGGUGAGUUGGGGAUGGUCAUGACCAACAGGGUGGGGAGGGGCACUCUGACUCAUGGAGGGCCCCGGUACCCGCAGGCUUCACCGGUUACGUGCCACGUGCACGCUUCCUCUUCGGCUCCGGCUUCCCGGUGCUCACCAACCUGGCGCUGCAGGAGUUUGGGCAGAUGCGUGCGCAUGGGAGCAGCAAGGGUGCUGCACGCCCCCCGCUGCCCAGGAUCUACCCUCAAAACCUGGGCCUUUUACCUCACUAUGGGGGCUACGUGCCAGGUGAGUGGCACCCCAUCAGGAGGCUCAGGGGCCAGGCAUAGAGUAUGUGUGUGUGUGUGUGUGUGUUGGGUGGGACGGGGAGACGGGCCAUGGACCUCUGAUCCUAUGAUUCAUUUUUAUCACUGGGAAGAAAAGGAAACUGAGGCAGUGCAGAGUGGGGAGGACCAGAUUUUGGAGGGCAGUAGGAACUGGCUAAGACAUGUCUGGCAUCUCUGUGGUGCCGGCUCCACUGGACACACUCUGUUCCGCACAGGGUACAAGUUCCAGUUCGGCCGCACCUAUGGGCACUUUACCCAGAAUGCCCUGGGCCUCAGCACUGUUCAGAAGCAGCUCCUGACGUAAGCCCCCCGCAGCCCACUUCUCC